UUGGGUGAGAGGAUGCUGCAAACAGAAUUCCUCUCCCUCUGUCCGCCCUGCGCUUCUUGGUCCCUCCUGUACGCCUCAUGUCUGCCUUCAUGUGGAGAAUUGUGCAGCAGAAGGAUGUGAUGCAGUAUGGGAUGCUGGCAGAUUUUGUUUCAUUGGUGUCAGAGGCAGUUCCAGAUUGCUUGUUUUGGAGUUGUGUGAGAGAGACAACGCUGCCGACAUGCACACAAUCCAUACUCACCUAAACAGCAUUCAACUCGUGGAUAACACUGUGGUGGGAGAAGCAGGUGUUCGUUUUGUGGAGCUGGUCCACACACUUAUUAAAGAUGUGGAUGAGAAGGAGCAUUUCUUCCAGCACGUGUUUCCAGUGGAUUUCGGCACUGACUUUGACGCAGCCAUUCGGAUCCUGAUGUAGCAUUUCCUGUCUAGGCUGGAGCACUUCCUGCCAAUCCCUGACCUCCAGCAGACUCUGGCUUGGCUUGAUCCACUGUUGCCUGUUUCAAAAGACUGUGAGGAGUUCAAUAGUCAGUCAGAUCACGUAAAGACACUGCUUGAGCACUACAAGAACCUUGGACAUCUAGAUACCAAAUACCCUUGUCAGCCCAUGAGUGCAGGAAAUUGCAUCCUGUCCACACUCUCUGGUAAAGCGAGUGACAUCCAUCAGAAGAGAGUAGGUCACGUUCAGAUUUUCGACAGACAGACCUCGGACCACAUUCAGAAAAGCGCAGCGGAAUCAGUAGUAGGAGCAUCUGAAUGUACAGAGACUCUGGUAGUACCGGAUGAUGAUGGAGAGCAUCUUGUUACAGAAUCAGAGUGUGCAAGAGCCGUGGCUUUGAAUGAUUCUGUGCUAACGCUUCCAGAAGACCACAAUUCUACAGAUGUAAUAGAGGAAUCCGACUCUAAUACUGAACAGUCAGAGUUCCUGUCUUCUCCUUUGUCUACACAACCAGUGCCUGAAGACAGUGCUGUACCCAAAAUACUUGUAAGCAUGCACAGAUCUGCACAGAAGCCUGUUAUCUCAGAAAACAAGGGUGACCCUGUGGAGUCUGACAAGUCUGAUUGCACCUCAGAUAACACAAAUGUAUCCUCUCACACUUACUCAUGCUUGCAGUGUCCAUUCAGUCACUCUCAGGAGCAAAACCUCAGAAGUCACAUAAAGAAAGUCCACUCCACUGAAGUAAUGGGAAGUGGGACUGCAGUUGACCCCUCUUUGCCCAACAGCUGCCAUGUUUGUGGCAAAAGCUACCACUUCCCGUCCUUAUUAAAAGCACACCAGCGCACCCACACCGGAGAGCGUCCUUUUCUCUGUCCAGUAUCUGAAUGCGGCCGCAGUUUCUCCCAUUCCCAGGCCCUCCGUCGCCACCGACUGGUUCAUGUGCCCAAAGACAUCCUUUGGGUGUUCACUGUUGCCUCAGUGUUUACAGCAGCACCAGCAGCUCUCAACAAUAACAAGCAGGUAGGAACUGGUUUCUACAGUUAUCAUUAA